AGAACCCGGCUCUAACGAGGGCAGAGUGAUACUGAGCUGCCGAGGAUCUUGCAUACUCCCAAGUCGCCGUAGCGUGUGUGUGUGUGUGUGUGUGUGUGAGAGAGAGAGAGAGUGUGUGUUUUCUCUUUUGCAAGCUUUGUGACCAGGAUGCUUACAACACGACAUCGACGCGUUGAUAAAUGAUUGCAGCUUGUCGGAACACAACACAGUGUUGGAUUUAACCAUCAGCCCUCAAUCACCUCCCCCGCUUCCCCUUCUCCCGUCUCAUCCACCCCCCUUGAACGCGAACCGCUGGAAGUACUUUUAUAUACAACAAUAUAGUAAACAGGAGGAAAAACAGCCCACCCCUCCCCACCGGAGUAACACAACUUCCAAGGAGUUGGAUCACAUAGAGAGAGAGAGAGAGAGAGAGAGAGAGGGAGAGGUUGAAGUUGGCGGCUGAGUGCCUGAAAGAUGGUCGCACUGGUCGCCCGGGGUCCGCUGUGGAUAUACUCCUGGAUACUUCUCGCCGCCCUCGCCUCCGCCGACUUGACUUGGACCCCUGCUCCAGCGAGGCGACAGGGACUGGCGUAUGUGCGCCUUGGGGCGGAAGGUUCGGCGGGCCGAUGGCGCCGCGGGGUUUUGGACGAGUUCCCAGCGCAGGGGGUCCCUGCCUCGGGUGAGGACGGCGACCCCCGCCAGGAGGCGGUGAAAGUGACCAACUCGCGGCCGGAGGAGAUGCAACUGACCAGCACCACCUUCGCGUUAACCGGGGACUCGGCACACAACCAAGCCAUGGUGCAUUGGUCUGGGCAGAACAGUAGUGUGAUACUCAUCCUGACGAAGCUCUACGAUCACAAUCUGGGGAGUGUUACAGAAAGCUCACUCUGGAGAUCGACUGACUAUGGAACAACAUACGAGAAGCUGAAUGACAAAGUGGGCCUCAAAACCGUGCUGAGUUACCUGUACGUCUGCCCGACAAACAAGAGGAAGAUAAUGCUGGUGAGCGACCCUGAGAUCGAGAGCAGCGUUCUGAUCAGCUCAGACGAGGGUGCGACCUAUCAAAAGUACCGGCAGAGCUUUCAAAUCCAAAGCAUGCUGUUCCACCCGGAGGAGGAGGACUGGAUUCUGGCCUACAGCCAGGAUCAGAAGUUGUACAGUUCCAGUGACUUCGGACGAAGGUGGCAACUGGUCCAUGAGGGAAUCACUCCAAACCGCUUCUACUGGUCUGUAAAGAAUUUGGACAUGGAUCCAGACCUCGUGCACAUUGAAGCGAGGACUGCAGAUGGACAUGCUGAAUAUAUCACCUGUCGAAUUCAGAACUGUUCAGAAGCAGCAAGCAGCAAGCUGUUCCCAGGUUAUAUAGACCACAAUUCAUUGGUGGUUCAAGAUGACUACAUCUUUGCACAGGUGACAUCUGGUAGACGGGUAACCUACUACGUGUCAUAUCGGAGAGAGGACUUUGCAGAGAUGAAGCUUCCCAAAUAUUCAUUACCAAAGGACAUGCACAUUAUCAGCACGGAUGAAAACCAAGUGUUUGCUGCCGUGCAGGAAUGGAACCAGAACGACACGUACAACCUCUAUGUGUCGGACGCCAGAGGAGCCUACUUCACUGUCGCUAUGGAGAAUGUGAAGAGCAGCCGAGGCCCAGAAGGGAAUGUAAUGAUCGACCUCUAUGAGGUAGCAGGGAUAAAGGGAAUGUUCUUGGCUAACAAAAAGGUCCAGAAACAGGUCAAGACAUUCAUCACGUACAACAAGGGAAGAGAUUGGCGACUUCUGGAGGCUCCGACCACAGAUCUGAGAGGCAAGGACCUUCACUGUCUUCUGCCGUACUGCUCCUUAAAUCUGCACCUGAAUGUGGCACAGAAUCCGUAUACAUCUGGCAACAUUGGCAGCAAGGAUUCGGCACCGGGCAUCAUCGUGGCUUCAGGUAACGUUGGCCCUGAACUAAAAGUGGACAACGACAACCCCACCGGCAGCAUGUUCAUCUCAAACGAUGGAGGAAACUCCUGGAGACAGAUAUUUGAAGAGGAACACAGCAUUUUAUUCCUGGAUCAAGGUGGUGCAUUAGUGGCCAUUAAACACACACCCCAGCCAAUCCGCCAUCUGUGGUUGAGCUUUGAUGAAGGGAGGUCCUGGAGAAAAUAUAGCUUCACCUCGGUUCCUCUCUUUGUCGAUGGUGUACUGGGUGAGCCCGGAGAGGAAACUCUGGUCAUGACUGUCUUUGGUCAUCUCAGCCACCGCUCUGAAUGGCAAUUGGUCAAAGUGGACUACAGGUCUAUCUUCAGUAGGAAGUGUAUGGAGAACGACUUCCAGGUCUGGACACUCCACACUCAGGGAGAGCCUUGCAUCAUAGGGGAGACGCGGAUAUACAAGAGACGUCACCCGGCAACACGCUGCAUCUUGGGGAAGAAAUACAGAGAAGCGGUGACAUACGUGCCAUGCAAUUGCACAGACAAGGACUUUGAGUGUGAUUUUGGAUAUGAGCGUCAUUCUGAUGGCAGAUGCUUACCAGCCUUCUGGUAUAACCCAUCCUUCGUGACUAAGGAAUGUAGUAUGGGACAAAGCUACCUCAACAGUACAGGGUACCGAAAGGUUGGUGCCAAUAACUGCACUGGUGGUGUCAGAGACCAAUACACAGCCCAGCGGCAUCCGUGCUCCAGCCGAGCUCCCCGUGGCCUGCACCUCAUCACCAGCGAUGGACGGCUGGCCACUGUGUCUGGGCAGAACGUCACCUUCAUCGCCCAUCUAGAAGAGGGAGAUAUUCCAAGGACCAGGCUCCAGAUCGAGUUUGGUGAUGGUACCGCAGUGAUCUUCGCAAACCUCAGCUCUGUCAAGGGAGGGAUCAAGCAUGUCUACAAGCACGGCGGAAUCUACCGUGUCAUCGCGCAAGUGAAGAACAACCUGGGGUCCACGCGAGCAAUCCUGUUCCUGCAUGUAAAUUGUCCUAUCGAACAUGUGCACUUGACUCUUCCUUACAUUGCAAUCACCAACCAGGAGGUGAAUUUGACAGCUGUGGUGUUGCCCAGUACCACUGGACCUCUCACUUACUUCUGGUGGAUUGAAAACAAGACUGAGCCUAUCGUCACCCUGGAGGACAAAGCCCCCAUCAGGUUCUCCACAGAGGGAAUAACGAGCAUCACCAUCCAAGUAUCUGAUGGCAAUUCCAUUCUCCAGGACGUAAAAAGCAUAGCGGUAUUUGAUUCUUACCGCUCAUUGUUGCUGUCGUUUACGCCGAACUUGGAAGAUUACAACCCAGACAUUCCCGAAUGGAGGCAGGAUCUCAGCAAGCUUGUUAAAAGAACUCUCGGAGAAGUUACAGCGUUACCAGAGCAACAAAUGUUGCUAGCUAUCCUCCCAGGUUUACCAACUGCAGCGGAACUGUACAUCCUCCCACACCGAGAUGCUACGGAGGAGGGGUUAAACAGUAUGAGUUUAGAGCAGAUUUCAGACAUGGUGAUUAACGCAUUGAAUCAGAAUCGGGUUCAAUUCGAGCUAAAGCCUGGCGUUCGGAUCACUGUUUCCACCGCCCAUCUGACAUUAGCUCCUCUUGUGGAUUCCAGCCCAGGACACAGUGGUUCAGCUUUGUUGAUGCUGUUGUCUUUGGCCUUUGUUGGCUUAGCUGUUUUUAUAAUCUACAAGUUUAAAAGUGCUCUGAGCAGCCUUAUCCACCAUGUUGGAGGGACCGUCAGAGAGGAAUGGCCAUUGCGGGCUCCGGGAGAGGCUCCAACAGUGUCAGAAAGUGAGAGCACAAAAGAAAUCCCGAGUUACGUUUAACACUGAGACCACUGAAUCCACAUUGGAGAUGAACUUUUCUAUCCUACAACACACAAGGUUUUAGCUUUAAAACUGCAUGUGGAUGGUGAUGACACAGAUUACUUAUUGUAUCUAUUUGGAUUAAAAAAAAGUCCUUUUUCUAUUUCAAAAAAAAAAGAGAAAAAAAAAACUUUCUUGUAAAUUGAUUUAAAGAAUGUGGUGUCUGGUUCCUGAAAAUACAUAUAGUACAAUCAGCGUAAAAGGUAAUACUUUUAGACAAAGAGCACAUGCAUACUUAAGCAAGACGUACCAUUGCAUUCACCUCACUCUUCAGAUAUUUUGCGGGUAAAUAUCUCACCAUUCAUUGUUCAGUACAGCUGUUCUUUUACACCACCCUCCCGAGUUCAAAGUUAGGAGGAUUUUUUUCUAUCGAACAAAAUAUGGGGCAACUUUCCACAAACAACAGGGUUGGUAUGUGGUCGACAGGAACUAAUAUAAUUGGACUAAAGAACCAGAGGGGAAAAGGCAAGACGACUUUACUUAACUCAGCAGCUCUCUGUGAUCUGUGAUCUGUGACCGUGCUGUUUGAAAAGGUGACGGGAGAUUCAGUAGGUCGUUUUCUAAAGUGGAAUUUGAUAAAUACUUGAAAAAUAAUAAAUAUGCAAGGCUCUUUGCAAAGAACAGAGCUGUUGGUCUAAUUGGAUAGUUCUUUCAGAGAUCCUGCACAAGGCAGUGUGGUCUGUGAUUCCCCAAAGCAUUCAUCUGCUUCCCCUCCACUUUGCUGACCCGUUAACCUUGGCAGAUGAUCCAAGGCACAUCUUGAGGCAUCAUCGUGAUUGUAGCGGGCAUGGCAGGGGAAUUUGGUUAAUUAAGGAGCAGUGAUUUAAUAAAAGGGAGGAAGGCUUGGUUUUGGAUUGCCUCUGGAAUGAAGGACAGACUGAAGGAGAUUAUCCGGGGCGGCACGGUGGCACAGCGGUAGAGUUGUUGUCUUACCGCGCCCAGUGACCCGGGUUCGAUCCUGACUACAGAUGUUAUCU